CACAAUGGAAAUUAGCAAUAUUAUUUCAGUGGAGAAAAUAAAACCCUCUUUGCCAACACCUUUUCACCUUAGAGUUUACAACCUUUCUUUGCUAGAUCAGAUGGUGGGAGCUAUAUAUGUCCCCGUAAUUUUAUACUACCUAAGAAAUGACAAUAGUGACAUAAUACAACAUCUGAAGGAGUCACUUUCUCAGACUCUGGUCACCUUCUAUCCCUUUGCUGGAAUUAUCAAAGAUGCACUCUCUGCAGAUUGCAAUGACCAAGGCAUUCCAUUCUCUGUCGCCAAAGUGAAGGCCCGAUUGAGUAAAUUUCUACAAAACCCUAAUGCUGAAUUGAUGAACAAGUUCUUUCCAGGUGAUGAGAAGAUACCGGGCCCGGGUGAUAGCAUUAUGUUGAUUCAGUUGAACUGUUUCGAGUGCGGCAGCAUAGCCAUGUGUAUCAAAUUUAAUCAUGUAAUUGCGGACAUGGUUUCAAUCUCCACAUUUCUCCAAUGUUGGGCUGCAAAUGCACAGGGAUUAGGAUUUUCUCCCUUGAUCAAUCGUAUAUCCCAAUCUCCCUUUCCACAACAUCUCUCAGUGCCAAACAACUUCUCACCCUCCAGCUAUGUUCCCAAUUACUUGAGCACCGGGAAGUUUGUGCUGAGAAGGUACGUUUUCGAUGCCUCUGCCCUAUCCAUUCUUAAGGCCCAAGCGAGUAGCUCUAGCCCUAGCUCCACCGUGUCGCGAGUGAAUGUGGUGACCGCUGUGAUAUGGAAAUGUUUCAUGGAAGCCGUGGCGGAAGAGUCUGCGGGGAAGGAUGUGAAACCAGUGCUGAUGACUCAAGCGGUCAACCUACGGAGAAAGGCGACGCCCCCGCUUCCAGGUGAUAUUUUUGGUAAUUUAGUGUGGCCAGCAAUGGGCUUGUGGAGCAAGCCUGAGGAAAAGGAGUUGACGGAGUUGGUGAGUGAGGUGAAAAAAGUGAUAGCAAAAAUAGAUGGUGAGUUUGUGAGACGAUUGAGGAGCGAUUGUAUGCAUGAACUUUUGGAGGAAUUGAGGAAUGAGUUGCCUCAAGAAGCUACUUAUCUUGCUUUCAGUAGCUGGGCAAAUAUUGGUCUUUCCGAGGUUGAUUUUGGGUGGGGAAAACCUGUGUGGAUGUCAAGCUUCAAUCCGCAAUACUCUGAAUUUGAAACUUUGGUUGGAAGAAAUUUUGUGAACUUAUUUGAUUCGAAAUCCGGAGGAAUAGAAGCAUCGGUGGUGCUUAAUCAAAAAUAUGUCGCAGGGUUUGAGAAAAAUGAUAUUAUUCGUAAAUAUGCUCGUUUUAACCCCGGUGUGAAUUGAAACCUUUAUACCAUGUGCAAUUUGUGGAAUAAGUUAUGUUACUUUGUUAGAGUGUAAUUGCGAGAGUGUAAUUCCAAUUGGAAAAAAAUUAAUACAUGUAUAUCUAUAUCCCUAA